AUGGAAUCUGUGUCUUAUUCAAGAAAGAGUCAGGUCCUAUCAACUGGUAUUAGAGCUCCUAAUCCAAUGGGAGGAGAAUCAAACGAAGCUACUGCUGUCAAAAAAAUGGAAGAACAUGUGGGGGUAAUACAGAUCCAACUCAACUCUCAUGGUAGAGAUAUUCAGGAGAUGAAGCUGAGAUUGGAUACUUUUCUGCAAAGGCAAGAUGAUAUGAGAGCAACCAUGGCUAAACUGCUUGAGAGAGCAGAAGGAAUUGAUGGAGUAGGAAAGGGAAGUUCAGGUCCUCCUAAAUCUGAACUUGUUACUCCCCAGGGAAACACAGUCAUGAAGCUAGGAGAAGCUUGUGCAUCAAUUGGAGAAGGAAUGAUAGGGAACAUGGCAGAAAUUGCUAACGAGAAGAUGAUGAGGGAGAUAGCUAUUGAGAAGGAGGAGUCUGAUGAUGAAGAAGAAGAAUCCUUGGAAGUUAUUGAGUUGGAAUCGGAAUCCGAGGCAGCACUACAGCUCCCAUCAUUGCCGCCGACACAACCAACACCACCGACAUCUCCACCUCCAUUAGCGUCGCCGUCUCCACCACAGCCACCGUCAACUCUACUGUCUCCACCACCUCUACGAGUCGAAAACAGCAGCGCGAAGAAGAUUUUGAACAUAAGAGACGCAAAUCAAGAAGCUAGAAAGUUGGAGAUGUCAUUGUCCAAUGGCCACAAACUACCGCCGCCGCCACCACCGUUAUUACCACCAUCAUCACCGGAAAUUGAAGCAGUGAAUGAGGCAAGGAUGAACUCGAUUUCAAACCAGGAAGAACUGAUAUGGAGUCUUCGGAAGCAGCAGGAGGCGUUUCCCAGGAAGUGA